AUGGUUGACGCAGAACGGGAUGCUCGAGCCAAGGAGCGAACGAUACUACGUCGAGAUGGUGUAGUGGCUAGGAUUCGCCAUAUUCAUCAACUGGCUACUAGUUUAGCAACCGACCAGGCUGUUCGGCCUCAGUUAGCUGUUGCUAUUCAGGACCUGGAUGCAUUGUGGGCCAGUUUUGAAGUAGAAAAUAAUGAUUUGUUGUCAAUCCUGUCCGAUUUGAAUUUGCUGACAGAGUUUCCGGUAAGGUUGGAUGUUGAGAUCCGAACGUUAGUAGUGGAUAUUAAGGCCGUGUGGAAUGAAGCGCAACCGGCUUUAGGUGUGAGCGUUGGUACCGUCCAGCGAGUGACGUAUGAGACCACUGGUGACAAUUCGAGUACUUCCGCUGGGUCGUCCAAAGUUGAUCCAACACCAUAUGCGCCUUCACCUUUGUCACCUAUGAGACUACCUGAAAUCCCCCUACCAUAUUUCGACGGUGAAUGCCAGAAUUGGCCAGCCUUUGGGGACUUAUUCGGAAAUUUGGUAGCCAAUAAUGACAAGAUUCUUGAUGUAACUAAGUUUUAUUAUUUGAUCGGUUGUCUUCACCCUGAUCCUCAGGAAGUGAUCAAAGGGUUUUCCAUUUCGAACGAGUCUUUCACCCUCGCUUGGGAGGCGUUGACCGAACGCUAUGACAAACCGCGCAGGUUGGCGUCGUCAAUCAUUGACAAAUUGAUAAACGCUCCUGCCGCAAGUUCGGAGAAUCAUGCUGCUCUGCAGAAGUUCCUGUCAGUGUUUGAUGAAAAUAUUGCGAUCUUGGAAUCGCUUCAGAUUCCAGAUUUAGCCUCGUUCCUGUUGUUUUCAUUAGCUGCUCGGUGCUUACCCACAUUUUCUAGACGUCAGUUCGAGUCUGAGAAUACUGAAGAGUAUCCAUCGAUCCAGAGUGUAAUCAAGUUUGUCAAGGCAAGGAUCCAGGUUAUCGAGAAUGCUGGUGUACAGCCGUCAGGAAGUUCGUCCAAACCGGCCAGUACCAAGAAACCUGUUUUUCGGCGAGAUGCUAAGACCACCUUAGUAGCUGCUAAGCCUUCAGCAGCGGCCAAACCUACAUCGUCCAAAACGACCCAAGCAAGGUCAUCUUCCACGAAGUGCUUCUCGUGUUCUGGUGCUCACCAGUUGGCAGACUGUUCAAAAUUCAAGGCCUUGUCUGUCGAUGAACGAUAUAAGGUCGUAUGCACCCAUCGUCUGUGUAUGGUUUGCUUUGGUGAAGGUCAUAUGUCAUACAAGUGUUCGUCAUCGUGUGCCACAUGUAAGCGCCGUAAUCAUGCAUUGCUACAUCGUGACUCGGAUUCGAAGCCUGUCAGUGCUCCAGCUGCCAUGCUUGGUCGGCAACAAUCUCCAACGGUGCUAUUAGGGACAGCUCUGGUCCAAGUACAAGACACAGUAGGGAGUUGCCGCACUAUACGUGCGUUAAUCGAUUCGGCUUCGCAGAUAAGCGCGAUAACAUCAAACUGCUGUGAGCGAUUGGGACUCAAACCAUCGCGUUGGACAGUGCCUGUCACAGGACUGUCUGGUCAAAGAGUACCGGAUGUACAUGGCGUUGUUCAGCUGACGAUCCAGCCGCGAAAUCGCCCUACGCCGUCUAUAAGUGUCAAACCUUGGGUGCUGUCUUCGAUCACUACCGAUAUGCCAGCUCGGCAAUUACCAGCUCAGGUCCGGGAUAAGUGUAGCCACUUGACUCUGGCAGAUCCGAGUUUCGACAAACCUGCUCCCGUCGAUAUGCUCAUCGGCGCCGACAUCUUUCCACAAGUCUGGAAUGAUAAAAGCAGUUCGUUAGGCCCAGGAUUCCCAUCGGUGUACAGCUCGGUCUUCGGUUGGGUCCUGAUUGGUCCGGUACAAGAACAUCCAGACAUUGGAGCUCAGUCGAUGUUGGUGUCCUUGGUGUCUUCAAUGGAAACUCUCAUGGAAAGAUUCUGGUUAGUAGAGGAACCGGACGCAGCUCCGCAGCAAUUCACGGAAGAUGGUCUGUGUGAAGAGUUGUUCCACUCGGAAGUCAACAGGGAUCCGCAGGGCCGAUUUUCUGUACCACUUCCUUUUCGCUCAGGUCAACCAGUGAAGUCCUUUCCGGGUUCUCGGCAGGUAGCCCUCAAUCGGUUUCUGCAGCUAGAGCGGAAGUUGGCGGCAGAUAACAUCCUAUAUGCAGCCUACCGCAAAUUCAUGUCCGAGUAUGAGGAACUCGGUCAUAUGACCCGGGCAGAGGGUGUCGGACAGUAUUAUAUUCCGCACCAUGCGGUCCAGAAGGUUGAAGGGGAUGAUGUCAAGCUUCGAGUAGUGUUCGAUGCUUCGGCGAAGUGUCACUCGGGAAUAUCCCUCAACCAGUGUUUGCUGGUAGGACCAAAGCUACAAAAGGACAUUGUUGAUGUUCUGGUUGGGUUCAGGGCGCAUAAGGUGGCAUUCACAACGGACAUUUGUAAGAUGUAUCGACAGAUUGAGGUACUGCCGCAAUAUCGAGGAUAUCAGUACAUCUUGUGGCGCGAAUCACCUCAAGUCGCUGUCAAAGAGUAUACCCUGAACACCGUCACAUAUGGGGUGAAUAGUGCUCCCUAUUUAGCUCUGAGGGUUCUCCGCUACAUCGCCGACACGGAAUGCGCAGAUCAGCCAGACGUGAAGGGAGCGUUGUACAACCAAACGUACAUGGAUGAUAUAUGUGUUGGCGCGGAGUCAUUGGAAGCUGCCAAAGCUUUGCAGUCCAACCUGAUCAAGACUCUCGCCAGAUCCGGCCUACAACUACGAAAAUGGGCUAGCAACACUCCUGAGUUGUUGGACCAUCUGCAUCCGGAAGAUCGUUCUGGAAGUCCGUUGUCGUUCGAACAAAAUAAUGCCACGCAUGUGUUAGGCAUGUUGUGGAACCAUGAUCUGGACUAUUUUUCCUUCACCGUCAACAAUUUUAAAUUGGUUCUCACAAAGCGAGGUGUUCUGUCCAUGAUCGCCAGGAUUUUUGAUCCGCUAGGUAUGCUGUCGCCAACGAUAUUCUAUGCAAAGAAGAUUAUGCAACGCCUGUGGCUCGCGCAGGUUGACUGGGACAGUCAGAUCCCGUCGGAUAUCGUGGGUGAUUGGACCCGCUUCUAUCAUUCACUGGGUUGGCUGGUGGAUAUCCAAAUCCCACGCUACAUCGGUUGCUACACUGGUUGUAGUUACGUUCUCUGUGGUUUCUGUGAUGCCUCCGAGAAGGGAUAUGCGGCGGUAGCGUAUCUACGCGUGACUGAUCCGUCCGGAGCUACGGCCACAUACCUCUUGGGUGCUAAAACCAAGCUAGCCCCAAUGAAGACCAUGACGAUACCACGACUGGAGUUAAGUGGUGCAUUGCUCCUUGCAUCAUGGUUGGCCAGGCUCAAGCGCAUUUUGGAGUUCCAGUUGGGAAUUUCUGAUGUCUUCGCGUGGUCUGAUUCGUCCAUAGUUUUAUCGUGGUUGAACAUCCCGCAUACAUCGUUCAAGACGUUCGUGUCGAACCGGAUAUUUCAGAUCCAGUCCACAGUACCUGGUUGCCGCUGGCAACAUGUGCGUUCCGAGGAUAAUCCGGCUGACUGCGCGUCUCGAGGUCUCCUCCCUGACGAGCUUAGGCGAUGCAAGCUCUAUUGGCGGGGUCCGACCUUCUUGCAAUCUCCAGUCGAAGAUUGGUCUCAGGAAAUCCCACAAUUACAAUUGGAAGAGUUGCCGGAAGUAAAACCAGUGUGUUUAUUGGCUCGUGAAGAUCCUCCGGUCGAAUGGUUUAUUCGGUUCUCCUCCUUUCAUCAGAUGGUCCGCGUAGUAGCUCAGGUACGUCGGUUCAUUCGGUUGUGUCAAAAGAGAAAGGUUGAGUUAGGGUUUUUGAAACAAUCUGAAUUGGAUGAGGCUAUACUCGUGAUCGUUAGGAGCGCUCAGGAAUGCUAUUUGAGUCAGCUAGUAGGUGGCCUGCGUCGGGGGAGCCCGGUCCAGUCCAAAGCGCUAACCCGUCUGUGCCCGUUUUUAGAUUCAGACGGUAUAAUCCGCGUUGGCGGACGGAUGCAGAACUCCAAUUGGUCGGAGAGAAGAAAGCAUCCUAUGCUAGUCCCGAAAGAGUCUCACUUAGCGGUUCUGAUUACACGUCAUUGGCAUCUGUAUGCAUGUCACGCUCGACCGAGGUUGCUCAUCGCUCUCGUUCAGCAGCGAUUCUGGGUCAUUGGCAUUCGCCUAAUAGUUCAUCGGGUGAUUCGCAAAUGCGUGUUAUGUGUAAAAAUGUCGGCUAAUCAUCCACAACCCAUCAUGGCUGCUCUGCCAGGGUUCCGGGUCCGAGAAGCUCAUCCGUUUUCGAUAGUCGGCAUAGAUUACGCAGGUCCCUUGCAGAUGAAGGAACUCAGUCUGCGAAAGGCGCGCAUCGUAAAGGUUUAUAUUGCGGUUUUUGUUUGUAUGACCACCAAAGCGGUGCACCUAGAACCAGUGACUGCUCUGUCGACUGAGGCCUUCUUGUUGACUUUAGAUAGAUUCGUUGCUCGCCGUGGCCUACCGUCGUCCAUCUAUUCUAAUUGUGGCACCAAUUUCGUUGGUGCGGCGAGGCAGCUGCGUCUUUUGAUCAACAAUCCGGAUAGUAGAGAUCAGUUGUCAGGUCAUAUUGCGUGCGAAUGGCAUUUCAACCCUCCUGGUGCUCCCCAUUUUGGAGGCAUUUGGGAAGCUGCCGUUAAGUCGGCGAAGUCAUUGCUUGUUCGUGCAAUGGAUUCCCAAAUUUGGACCUUGGAAAAGUUCACAACGGUGUUGUGUAGGGUAGAGGCUGCCUUGAAUUCGCGCCCCCUAGUACCGGCUUCAUCUGACCCAAAUGAUUUAGAAGGUUUAACGCCCGGUCAUUUUUUGAUUGGUCGUCCUCUGUUGUCUAUUCCAGAACCUGUUAGUGCCAGUGCACAAGUGGGACUGCAGACUCGCUGGAAGCUCCUCCAGCAGUCUUUCCAGUUCUUUUGGCGACGUUGGUCUCGAGAGUAUUUGAACACACUCCAAGCUCGUGGUAGGUGGACGAAGACUGAUACCAAUCUCGAAGUUGGUACUAUGGUUAUCGUCAAGGUUAAUGACGCGCCCCCGCUAUCGUGGCCAUUAGGUAGAAUCAUUGAGGUGUAUCCAGGAACCGAUAAGGUGGUACGGGUAGCUAAGGUUAUGACCAAACAAGGGGUGUUUACUAGACCGGUGGUGAAACUAGUACCUCUCCCCACAGAUCCAUAG